GGAGUUUUCUGUAUGUGAAGUGUAAACUCCGCCCACCUAACCCUCCUCAGGCAGACGCCAGACUGGCAAAGCAGCGAACCCGACCAUUGGCCGACACAGAUUGUGAGACAUCCAGAGAGCGAGAGACCUCGGGAGUACAUGAAGCCGACUGCCGGCCACAGGCUCUGUUCACCACACAAAGUCGGUCUACGUUAGUUAACAAUGAGUACCUCAGAGUCUUUGGAUCGAAUGGAACUCUGUGAAAGCCUCCUGACAUGGAUCCAGACGUUUGGAGUGGAGGCACCAUGCAAGACAGUAGAAGACCUAACAAGCGGCAUCGUCAUGGCUCAAGCUCUGCAGAAAAUAGAUAUAGUUUAUUUCAAUGAUGCUUGGAUAAGUAGAAUCAAGCCAGAGGUUGGGGACAACUGGAGGUUAAAGGUCAGCAAUCUAAAGAAAAUCUUAAAGGGAAUCCUAGACUAUUAUCAGGAGGUCCUGGGCCAGCACAUUAACGACUUCACAUUGCCAGAUGUGAACCUCAUUGGAGAACACUCUGAUGCAGCAGAACUUGGGAGGAUGCUGCAGCUUUUACUGGGCUGUGCUGUUAACUGUGAACAGAAACAAGAAUACAUCCAGACUAUAAUGAUGAUGGAGGAGUCUGUGCAGCAUGUUGUCAUGACAGCCAUCCAGGAGCUGAUGAGUAAAGAGACUCCAGUGACAGGAAAUGACUCAUAUGUGGAUAUAGACAGACAGCUGAAGAAGACAGUAGAGGAGCUAAAUGAUGCUUUGGCUACCAAGGAAGAGAUCGCCCAGAGGUGUCGUGAGCUGGACAUGCAGGCCCUCCAUGUCCAAGAAGAGCGUGAUAGACUGAGGUUAGAGUUAAAUGAGCUAGAAGAGAGGGUCGCAGCCCUUCAAGAAGAAAAGAGUAGUUUGCUUGCUGAAAACCAGGUCCUGAUGGAGAGACUUAACCAGUCUGACUCCAUAGAGGAUAUAAACAGCCCUGCUGGCCGCAGACACCUCCAGCUGCAGACACAGCUGGAGCAACUACAGGAGGAAACUUUCAGGUUGGAGGCAGCAAAAGAUGACUACCGGAUCCGGUGUGAAGAACUUGAGAAAGAGCUGUUAGAUGUUAAAUCACAGAAUGAAGAGCUUACGUCCCUGGCUGAUGAGGCCCAGUCUCUUAAAGAUGAAAUGGAUGUCCUCAGGCAUUCAUCAGACAAAGUGUCAAAGCUGGAGGGAACAGUGGAACACUACAAAAAGAAACUGGAGGAUAUGGGGCUCCUCAGGAGACAGAAUAAACUUAUGGAGGAGAAGAACACAGCGUUAAUGCAGACAAAUGUUGGUUUAGAAGAAGAGCUACGGAAGGCGAAUGCAGCAAAAAGCCAAUUGGAGACAUACAAGAGACAGAUGGUCGAACUCCAGAACCGGCUGUCUGAAGAGUCUAAAAAGGCAGACAAGAUGGAGUUUGAGUACAAACGGGUCAAAGAGAAAGUGGACGCUUUACAAAAAGAAAAAGAUCGUAUGCGGACGGAGAGGGACUCUCUGAAGGAGACUAUUGAGGAGUUGCAUUGUGUGCAAGCCCAGGAGGGACAGCUUACAUCAGGUUUGUUCCCGUUGACAAGCAAUGAUGGCUCUGAUUCUUUGGCUGCAGAGAUCACCACCCCAGAAAUUCGAGAGCAUUUGAUUCGUCUGCAACAUGAGAACAAGAUGCUGAAGCUGGCCCAGGAAGGAUCAGACAAUGAGAAGAUUGCACUGUUGCAGAGUCUACUGGAGGACUCUAACAGGAGAAAUAAUGAACUGGAGACAGAGAACAGGUUAAUAAACCAGCGCCUGAUGGAAGAGCAGAGCCAAGUAGAGGAGCUACAGAAGAGUCUUCAAGAACAGGGUUCCAAAGCAGACGAUUCUUCCAUCCUGAAGAAGAAAUAUGAGGAGCACAUGGAGAAACUACGAGAGUUGAACAACGAGUUACUGAAGAAGAAUGCCCUCAUUGAUGAAAUGGAGCCCAAGUAUAACGCCAGCUCUCAACGAGUGGAGGAGCUAGAGGAUGCAUUGAAGAAGAAAGAUGAUGACAUGAAGCAGAUGGAGGAGAGGUAUAAGAAAUACCUGGAAAAGGCGAAAAGUGUCAUUCGGACCCUGGAUCCCAAGCAAAACCAAGGUUCAGGUCCAGAGGUCCAGGCCCUGAAGAACCAGCUACAGGAGAAGGAGAGGAUGUUACACUCACUAGAGAAAGAGAUGGACAAGACAAAGGGCCAGAGAGAUUACGAGGAGAAGCUGAUCGUUUCAGCCUGGUACAACAUGGGUAUGUCUCUGCAAAAGAAGGCGGCUGAAGACAGACUUGCAAACACCGGUUCUGGUCAGUCCUUCCUGGCCCGGCAGAGACAAGCCACCAGCACACGUCGCUCUUACCCAGGCCACGUCCAGCCAACUACCGCCAGAUCCAUGAGGUAGAGAUGCCAGGCAAGGCUGCCCAAAUCUGACACCACUUUUUUUCCUGACUAAGCAUAUUUUACCUUGACACCUGGGAUGCCAGGCUUCUCCCCCCUUGCACAGCCCAGCAUAUUUGACAGGGUCUGACUUUUUCCCACUGGCCUCCCUCAGCCUGUACUCUGAGGCUAACUUUCUACAAACCAGUCAUGUUGACUCUAAGGCAGAGAAGAAUCACAUUUUUCUACCAAGUGUCUGCCAUUUUUGUUAAGAAGAAUCACUCUACCUGUCCAUGCAGUAUUUAUGCACAUCAGUAGCUGUGAUGACAUUUGAGGUUCACCUUAUUUUUGACUGGAGUCGCCAGAUUUUCUGUCUUGUGUUAACAGUUUUAAAUUUAAAGAUGUAGCUUUAAGCAGGUAACAGCAGUUGUCAUUUACAAGAGUCAGAGUUGAGACUGUAGUGUUUAAUGUAGGAAAUAUGUUCUUCUGCCAUGCCAUAAUGAUUUGAUCAGAUCAGUGUAGAGGAAACACACAGAGACAUAAGAAAAUGUAUAGUCAUCAUGUUAAUGAUCCAUUUGCUUGCUAAGUUGUAAGAGGACGCAUGAUUUGGGAAAAAACACUUAACAUUGUCAGUGGUAUUUCCUCCUUGAGAAAAGUAAAAAAAUAAUUCUUCAGCCAAGUUCCAGCUAGUGCAGACAACAUAGGAGAGAUUGUGGGAAAGAUCAAUGUGCUGUUCAGUUGUCUUUAAUUAUUUAUAUCUUCAUGAGCCACUGACACGGAGUGGGAAUGGCACCCGUUCACCACUAUUUACCAGCAUUAAUAGGUUGUUUCAGACAACACCCUAUGUGCCAUACUGUUUAAUUAAAUAGAGACACAAAGAUAAUAACUCAGUAUAGUCUUUAAAUCACAUCAAGCAUCCUUUCUCACACAACGUAGGCAGAGAAGCCUUUAAGGAAAAAGUUGUGAGAAAGUUAAAGAGGUUGUUUUGGUUAAAGGGAUUUGGUUUGUAGAUUGCCCUGAAUGCCAAUAAGGCAUUUAUUUGUUGUGGCUAAUUGCAGCUGACGUAUUUAUUUUUUAAAUAACAUUUUAGCGCCAGUUCCUACCAUGGAAGUAAGGCUGUUUGGGUUAUUUUGAAAAAGCAGUGCACAGUAUCGUCCAUGUGUCUUUACAUCAUAAGUUUAAAAAGGUAUGCAUGUCGCAGCUGUUCCUUCUGUUAACCUUAUUUUUUUGUUCUGUUCACAUUGCUAUUUGUUAAAGGCUCAUCAUGGACAUGAUGGACCUUUGGAGGCUUAAUUAACCCUGUUCAUUUGUUUUGCUUGUGUUUGUUCAAGACCAAAACUUGACACCAUCAGGCCUUGCUGUUUGACUGUUAUCUCUCUUUCUCCUCCUUCAACAGCAAUGUCACUGCAUGAUGGCAACCCCAAUGAACUGGCCUUGCCUGUCUUUGGCAAAAGAUGCAUGAACUACCUGCCUGCCUGUCUACUGUUUGCAUGACUUUGCAUUGACUCAAGCCUGCAAAUAACCAGCACACCAGCAAGAGCAUGAGCACUAACAACCCUCUGCAGUGUCAUGCAUUAUAACCGUAAGACAAGCCUGAGGAGGCUUGAGUUUGGGAAAAGAAAACUCUAAUCAUCCUGCCCUUAAAUUUGACUCCCUUUUAACUUUUUUUCCCACACUCCUUAUUGUCUCUGGCUCUUCUCCAUUCUGCUUCUUAUCUCUCGUCCCUCCUUCACUCCACAUGGACAUGCCUGCUUGUGUUUCUCCUCUGCAUUAAGUCUGUUACAAUUCAACUGUCUGUUACAACCAUCUACAACAAGGGCAGAGCAUGACAGUUAAGUCUGUCGAUACAGUAGUUUUCUAAUUAAUGGGCCUUGUUUUUCUUGUCCUUGUGUUCUACUAAACAUGCUGGCUGCUUUGGGAUACCUCAAUGAUAUAUUUUCACAAAUCUGUCUUUAUCAGCAUAGAUUAAGGAGAGUUGGCAUUAGUGUGAGUGAAAUGUUUGAGAGGUGUAGCCUUGAAAUUCAGCCUGCAUGACAAAAAAAAAAGGUCAUGUCCUCUUUCAAUGUCAAAGUGUUUGUUGUCAUGGUUCUGCUUGGCCUCUCCACAACAUGUUUAUAAAAGUGGACUUACCUCAAGUGUUGACAAGUACAAUAAGUUAAAGUCUGAGGAAGAGCUAACUGGGCAUUACUUUGAUGCCGUUCUUCUGGACAGUUUGCAGUAUAAGCAUAGGAUGUGCAAAAAAACAGUGUUUUUAAAUGAAUAAAACUGUUACAAAUAUUCUUUUAUACAAGGUAGAAAACCCCAUUAAGCCGACUUGCAGUUUUGUCUUUAGAUUGUCAGUGUUGCAUCUAUUGCCUGAUGAAGUAUUGUACGUAUAACAUGUUGCUGAUGUUGGCUGAAUUAUAGUUUUUUUUUUUUUUGGUCUUGGUAGGAAAUAUCUGCAUUUUUGCCAAAAGGAAAAAAUAUUAUAAUACUACUUUUAUAAGACAGUGGAUUUAAAACUGUAAAUUAGCUUGUGUAAGCUAAUGUGCAGUACAUUUAUUUGGUUGGCUAAUGCUUUAAAACAUGUACAAGGUUAGAAUUAUAGCAGCAGUUAUCAGAUGCUACUAAUCGAUAGUCAUUCUCUUUUCCAAAACAUUUUCUAAACCUUCGCACUUCGCAGAUCAUACUAAUCGUUCAUUUUUGUGAAUUAACACAGAGACCGUGUUUAUCUUAUUUCCAUUGACUUCCACAGAGUUAUUUAAAGUGAUCGUUUUAUCCCCUGAUAAUUGUGCCUUGGUUUGGAAAUAAAACAAGAAUGGAUGACAAACCUCAGAGGAAGAAGUAAAGUCUAAGAAGUCUUACCCACAUCAUUUCUUAAUAAACAAGUAAUGUUUGGAUAGAGUAGGCUCAAUGGGGUUUUCUCCUCUUUUUUUUAACCCAUUUUACUCACAGUUGUUAUAAUGUGUAACCCUGUUUUAAUUCAUGCUGUGCAUUUUUAUCUUAAUAGCUUAUUUAUUCUGUUGCCGCUUGUACAGCAGUGUUUUUCAUUUUUUAUUUUUAUUUUACUAGUAUUAUUAUAUCACCACUUAUACUGUUACAAUGGAUGUGUAGUUUCCUUAUAUCAAAAUACUGUUAAGUACUUAAUCUUAUGCAACAGAGGGAGGAGAUUUCUCCAUCUAAUAAAAGACAGUUUUUAGUGUCAGCUCAGAUGUGUGUGAAACAGCACGGUAACAUUUACCUCUGAACUUUUCAGGGAGUUUCUUAGUCACUAUACUAAGAAAAAAACCUUUCACAUUUGAUUAAAUACAUAAAUAUUUUCUUAUUUACAACAAUAGCACACUUAACACUUCGAAGUAAUUGAUUUGAUUGUAAAAUGUGACCCUGUCAAUGAUUAAACGCUAGUGUCUUGAUAAAAAUACAGACUGGGGCAAUGUUUGAAUGAAAAGCCUUGUUAGUGGUUUGGUAUCCAGGUGGUUUUAACAUUCAAUGAAAUUAGUGCAUUGGUUUAAUUGCAUUGUGACAAAAUGGAUUCUACAUAUGAUUUUAUAUCAGUAAUUCAAAACUGUGCAAUGUAGUGCGUUGUAAAUUCAGCUGCAAAUUUCAGAGGUAAAACAUUUUUGCCUAUUUCCACUUUUCAUUAAGAUGCACAGCUUGAACAGUCAGUUCCAUGGCACACAACUCUUCAACCGUCCACACCCAUCAGUCACAGGUUUGGCAGGAACUAUGUAUAUACUGGAACACAUCCACAUUAUACUGUUAAAAUCUAUAUCAGGGAUGUUGUUGAACCUCUGUUUUUGUUCUCCCUAAAUAAGUCAGUCACUGCAUUAUGUUGCCAAUAUAUGUGUCUGUAUUUAUUUGAUUUAACAGGUCAUCAGUGAGAAGCUGGGAAAAGUUUAUAACCUGAGCUCUACAGUCUGCUGUACAGUACACUGUAAGCUACAACCCCAAAUCCUCCCAGAAUAGUGACAAUUUAGAACAAAAUACAGAAUAGUAUUGCAGUAACUGUUAGAAACUUGGUCACAAUGUGGUGUAUUACUAAAAUAACUAGGAUGAAACAAUAAUGCCCAGUGUUCCUGAGUGUUACUUGACUUCUUAUUGCACUGGGGGCCAGUUAAAGUGUAUUAAAGAGAUAAAACAACAACAGGCUGUCAACAGGUCAGAACCCAUCACAACGUGUGCAGUGUUUGCUGUAUUUUUUUACUCAUUGGCACACUGUUCUUUACAUAUUUGAAGUAGCAAAUAACCUUCCAUUUGCCAAGUUUUAUAUUGCUUGUAUACAAACACAUUAUGUACAUAAUUUAUGUGACAGUGGUAAAGGAGGUGUCUGGCUGUUUGAGAAUGAGAAAUGAAACUCAUGUCUAGUUCGAUGGAUUUCAUAGAGUAUCUGUCCGACAUGGGCCUAUUGAUAAAAAUGUGCUUCCUACACUUGGAAAACUUGGACAUGACAUUGUAAAUAAAGCUUGUAUAAAAAAAAAAAU